CCUGUGGAAGGCGGGUUGGGCCGGCCAGGAUGUCUUACCGUCCCGUCAGGCCCUUCUUAGCUCACGUGAGAAGAGUCGAGUUGGGGGAACGGGGCCUUUAUGAGUAGGUGCCAGGCCCCAGCUGUAGUCCCCACAGCCUUUGGCGGGAAGAGACAGUUAUCACGAACCAUUUAGAGGCGUGUAGAGCCUGGCAGUAUUCGCCCCUAUUUCACUUCUGACUCCCCAGGCGCCUCCCCUGGUGACUUUGAUGUGUGGAGAGGGUGGGACCCACCGUUGAGGUCUUUUCUCAGAGCCAGGGCCAGGCGGCAUGUCCCACAGCACCUGAACGGGGAGGGCCUGCUGAGGGGGCUGAUGGCUCUCGAGCGGCCCGCGCCGCUCACCAGUGCCCUGCUCCCGCGCAGGACUUGCGAGCCGCGGUCAGAGAGGAGCCUGGAGGGGCCACCUAACCUCUGCACAAGGAAUUCCUCCAACUCUGUAGAAAUGAAGACUGACCUGAACUUAUUAUUGGAGUGUCUAAAGUAUCAAAUGGACAAUGCUUUUUCACAAAAGGAAGCUUUGGUCACUAUUCAUUCAAUUUGUCAACAAAACAGUAAUGCAAGUGUUUAUUUUCGGGAAAUUGGUGGUUUGAUGUUUGUAAAAAAUCUUGCAAAGUCAAGUGAACAUAGCAUGGUAAAAGAAGCAGCCUUAUAUACAUUAGGAGCUAUUGCAGAAAAAAAUGUUUACUGUCAGCAGACUUUGUGUACUUCAGAGUUAUUUGAAGACUUAACUUGGUUCUUAUCUAAUGAUUCAAACAUAAAUUUGAAAAGAAUGUCUGUUUAUGUUAUUUUGGUUCUGGUUUCAAAUAAUAGGACUGGACAAACACUUGUGAGAGAAACAGGUUGUAUUACAGUUCUGUCACGGUUAUUCAGGACAGUUAUUUCAAAAUAUGAGUUGGAUUUGUCAGAUAAAAAUGUUUUCCAGAGUUAUCAGUUGUGGUCUUCAGUGUGUAGUACUCUGUGUGUCUGUGUCAACAAUCCUCAAAAUGAUGAGAAUCAAAUGUUUUGCUGUUCACUUUUUCCACAUGCUAAUGAAUGGCUAAAAAAUUUCAUGAAACCUGAGAUAAUUCGCCCUAUUUGCUCAUUUAUUGGACUCACUCUUGCAAAUAACACAUAUGUUCAGAAAUACUUCGUAUCUGUGGGUGGACUGGAUGUAUUGUCUCAAGUUCUCGUGCAACUGGAAUCUGAUUCACAUGAGACUCUUUCCAGUGCUAAACUUGCAGUGGUUGUGACAAAGACUGUGGAUGCAUGCAUUGCUGAUAAUCCUACUUUUGGGAUAGUACUCUCCAAGUACCACAUUGUUUCAAAACUUCUGGCAUUACUGCUUCAUGAAAGUCUGGAUUCAGGAGAAAAAUUUAGCAUCAUGCUUACUCUUGGUCAUUGCACAGAGGAUUGUGAGGAAAAUCAGUAUGACCUUUUUAAAAACAAUGGGCUUCCACUCAUGAUUCAAGCCUUAACUGAAUCUCAGAAUGAGGAACUGAACAAAGCUGCCACAUUUGUGCUUCACAACUGCAAAAAAAUUACUGAGAAAUUAUCUCUAAGUCUAGGAGAAUAUCCUUUUGAUGAAAAUGAAACACAGCAAUUAAAGGACAUAAAUGGGAAAGAGAAGAAUCUUGAAGAGCACUGGAGGAAAGCAAAGGAAAUUCUACACAGAAUAGAGCAGCUUGAAAGAGAAGGAAAUGAGGAAGAAAUACAAAGAGAAAACUGUCAGGAUAAUAUUUCAUCUAUGAACAUGAGUAUUCAGAAUACAUGGAAACAUCUCCAUGCAGAUCAUAUUGGUCGAGCUACCAAAGCAGAAGAUGAGGAUAAAAGCCAUUCUAGACGGUUUCAGAGUUAUAAGUCCCAUGGAGUCAUGUCUAAAGCAUGUACAAAUGAUGACCAAAUGAAGACACCAUUGAAGAGUGCAAAUCCAGUCCAUGCUUGUUAUAGGGAGAGUGAGCAAAAUAAGUCUUUAUAUAAAGCCAAGUCAAGCUGCAAUCAAAACUUACGUGAAGAAACUACUUUUGAAAAGAAUUUUAUUUCUCAAUCAAGUGACCAUGUUUUUAAACACCCAGUUCACAUUGCCAAAAAUAUAAAGCAGCAGUUACCAGUAACAGAUCCAUUUACAUUAUGUUCAGAUAUAAUAAAUAAAGAAGUAGUCAGUUUUCUAGCAACUCCCAGUUGUUCCAAAAUGUUGACGUAUAGGUGCUCAGGUUGCAUAGCAGUAGAAAAAUCCCUGAAUAGCCGAAACUUUAGCAAGCUCUUGCACUCUUGCCCAUACCAAUGUGAUCGUCACAAAGUCAUUGUGGAAGCUGAAGACAGAUAUAAAAGUGAACUAAGGAAAUUACUUAUCUGUAACAAAAAAAUUCUGCUGACCCCACGUAGAAGACGACUCAGUAAUGAAUCUACUACCCCUGGAAGAAUAAAAAAAAGAAGAGUUCGCAAAAACUUUACUGAAGAAGAAGUAAAUUACCUUUUCAAUGGAGUUAAGAAAAUGGGAAAUCACUGGAAUUCAAUUUUGUGGUCUUUCCCCUUUCAGCAAGGACGGAAGGCUGUGGACCUUGCUCACAAAUACCGCAAACUGACCAAAAGCCCCAUGUGUGCAGCUUCUUCUUUGGAAGAAGACUGUCAGUUUAGUUUGGAUUUUUAAAAUACAGUGCCUUGAAAGAUACAACAUUUAAAGUAUUUUUCUAAACUCUCAUGAGAAGGAAUGUGGAAAUGAGGACACAGUUUUUAUUAAACAGUUUUUGUGAUGCUGAAACUCAUCAAGUUAUUACAAUGAUUUAUAAAGCAAA